AUGACUACUAACGAGGAAAUUCGACCGCAUCUCCUAGUUCAUGGUAUGAUACAGCCCCCCGUGGUACCCGUCCAUCGAUUCUCCUCAUGGAAACGCGUCGUCCAUGUAACAGCAUAUGUAAUUCGCUACGUUAAAAAUUUGGGACAAACAGUUAAAUGUCAUCCUAGGAGUUUCGGUCCCUUAACACAUACUGAGAUAAAAGCUGGUGAGAAUCAGCUACUUCGUCAAGCACAGCAACUGGCGUACCCAGAUGAGUUGGCACUGCUAUCAUUUAAAACUGACGCGCAACUCCCGAAAUCCAGUCAGCUUUAUCGUCUCAGCCCAAUUAAAGAUGAAAAUAACGUGAUUCGAGUACGCGGAAGGAUUGAUGCUUGUGAAUUUGCCACCAAUGACAUGAAGCAACCUAUCAUUCUACCUCGGAAUCAUCCUGUUACGAUACUUAUAUUAACUUACUAUCACACACUAUAUUGCCAUAUAAACCACGAAACUGCGCUGAACGAAAUCCGACAACGGUUCUACACGCCGCGUCUUCGAGCAUCCUACAAGAAAGUUCGUCGAAACUGCCAGUGGUGUAAAAAUCAAAGAGCAAUUUCAAUACCACCUGAAAUGGGAAGUUUGCCACCAGCUAGACUAGCUGCUCACGCAAAACCAUUUUCUUUUUCCGGUAUUGACUAUUUUGGUCCGAUGAUGGUGGCGGUUGGACGACGGUCGGAGAAACGAUGGGGAGUUCUUGUGACUUGUCUCACCACGCGGGCUAUUCAUAUUGAGAUAGUUCACAGCCUAACCACAGAUUCCUGUAUAAUGGCGCUGAAAAAUUUCAUGGCGCGUCGAGGAAUACCGAAAGAAUUUUUUAGCGACAAUGCCACAAAUUUCCAUGGUGCAAAUAAUGAACUUAAAGCCGUGAGUGAGCACAUCAAUCAGGAUCGGAUGGCAGCAGAGUUCACAAGUUCGGAAACAAAAUGGACAUUUAUACCGCCAGGUUCUCCGCACAUGGGCGGAGCGUGGGAGAGGCUAGUUCAAAGCGUGAAACGAAACCUAGCCCAACUUAAAUUGUCACGACUCCCAAGUGAUGAAGUAUUUAGGAAUGCCCUAACACUGAUCGAAAAUACGGUGAACUCACGCCCCUUAACUUAUAUUCCGUUAGAUGAUGAAAUCGCGACCGUAUUAACUCCGAACCACUUCCUAAUAGGAUCAUCCAACGGCUUAAAGCCGGAUGUUCUAUUUGACGACAGUGGAGUAGCAUUAAAACGAGCAUGGCACAUGUCGCAGAUAAUUGCAAAUCAAUUUUGGAAGAUAUGGAUCCGUGACUACCUUCCAACACUGACCAGGAGAACGAAAUGGUUCGAGAAAUCAAAACCACUAACAGUAGGAGACAUCGUUAUCGUCAUAGAUCCCAAAUUGCCAAGGAAUUGUUGGCCAAAGGGACGUAUCAUAGCCACUACUACUGGAAAAGACGGCCAUGUUCGCAGCGCUGCGGUGCAAACUGGUUCUGGCAUCUACGAGAGGCCCACGCUUAAUUUGGCCGUACUAGACGUGGAGCGUGAGUAG